AUGGAUGCAAAAUCGUCUGAUCCUGAAGCGCAGUCUGUCAGACUACCAGAUGAGAAAGUCAACGAAGAGCACACGGCGGAGGCAUCCGAAUAUGAUGUCUUCUGGGAGCAACCAACCAGUGAAGACCCAGAGAAUCCAAUGAACUGGAGCUCCUGGCGCAAAUGGACUAUUAUCGGGAUGGUUUCUUUUAUCACUUUCCUAACUCCCCUCGCCUCUUCGAUGUUUGCGCCGGGUAUCAGACAAGUCCUCGAAGAUUUUGGUUCAACGUCUAGUGUCCUCUCUACCUUUGUCGUCUCGGUUUAUGUCCUAGGAUUCGCCUUCGGCCCUCUGAUUAUCGCUCCUGUCAGUGAGUAUAGCGGCCGCACAUGGGUCUACAAUGUUUGCAAUGUGUUGUUCGUGAUAUUCAAUAUCGCCAGUGCGCUCGCUCCCAACAUGGCGUCUUUGAUUGUUUUCCGAUUCUUCGAUGGGUUUGCAGGUGUAGCUGCCAUCACAUGUGGUAGUGGUACAAUUGCAGAUCUUGUGCCGAGAGAGAGACGAGGCCAGGCAAUGGCUAUCUGGUCCUUGGGACCUCUGUUCGGCCCAAUCAUUGGCCCCGUGGUGGGCGGGUUCCUCGUGGAGGCAAAAAACUGGCGAUGGGUGUUUUGGGUUCUUGCCAUAGUGGGUGGAGCCGCAUCAGUCGUCUUUUUUUUUGUCGUGCCUGAGACAUAUGCCCCAAUUAUCCUCGAGCGGAAGGCUGCUCGGCUGCGAAAGGCAAAAGGAGAUACGGCAUACAGAUCUCGUUUGGAUUCCGGAAUCCCUCCAAAACAGCUGUUCAUUCGGAGUCUCAUUCGACCAUCGAAAAUGCUUGUUCUGUCCCCAAUAGUGGCAUUGAUGUCCAGCUACAUUGCUGUACUUUACGGCUUCCUCUAUAUCCUCUUCACAACAUUCGCGAUUGUUUUUGAGGGUCAGUAUAACUUCUCUGCCAGCGCUAGUGGCCUCUCAUUCCUUGGAAGCGGAGUAGGCAUGUUGCUUGGCCUUGCAUAUGUCGGGACAUUGAGUGAUCGCAAGAUCAAGAUCAAACUCUCGCGCAAGGAGACACCUGUUCCCGAGGAUCGACUUCCCCCGUAUCUUACCAUACCUGGGUCACUGGCCAUACCGGCGGGUCUCUUUAUCUAUGGAUGGUCGACAGAUAAAAUGGUUCAUUGGAUCGUUCCCGAGAUUGGAAAUGCGACUAUUGGUUUUGGGAUGAUCACCAUAUUGAUGUGUGUUCAGACAUAUCUGGUAGACGCUUUCCUCGCGCAUGCUGCCAGUGCUGUGGCUGCUUGCACUGUUCUGCGAAGCUUGCUUGGAGCUCUUCUUCCUCUAUGUGGAUUGCAAAUGUACGACAAACUCGGCCUUGGGUGGGGAAAUAGUUUGCUGGCAUUCCUUGCUUUGGCAAUGGCUCCUAUACCGAUUUUGUUCCAAACUUGGGGAGAGAGACUACGGACGAAGUGGACUAUUGACUUAUAG